AAACGUCCACACAGCGUGGCACACACACACACACACACACACCACAGUUCUUUGGCGCCUCCGUCGGAUGAGAGGAUAAAUUCUGCAGCACAGCGCCGUUACAAUUUGCAAUGGCUGCAGCUUUGUCCCGUGCUCUCAAAUUGCCUGGGAAGAAGGGCUCGGAGCUUGGAGAGUAUGACCCCCUCACUCAGGCCGACAGUGAGGACGAGAGCGAGGAGGACGACCUGGUCCUCAACUAUCCCCGCAAUGGCCUGGGGAGGGGCAACUGCAUGGGUACAGGUACCUCAGAGCUGAGAGGGAGCAGAACAGGGAGGCUCGUAGGGGAUGAAGAUGAGGCAGAGGAGGAAGAGGAGGACGAUGAUGAGUGGAGAGAACGGCUCCCGGGAAAAAAGAGGCAGGAGAGAGAGGAGAAGGGCAUGCAGUACUGGAGCCAGAGGGAGACAAACAGGGAUGAGGGAGUAGAGGAUGGAGGGGGGCUUGGGGCCUCUGGUGGCCCUGGAUUGGGUGUCAGUGCCAGUGCUGACCCGGACGGGAAGAAGGCUAAGGUGAGGGGAGCCAUCCGGGCAGCGUUUUUCCUGGUGCCUCUGGUCUGUGCCAUGCUGGUGGUGCUGCUGUGUGCCUUUUUGGUGCCUUGUCAGCAUGGGGAACUGGACAAACGGCCGCAGUGGGAGAAAGAGCUGGGUGAUCAUGUGGGAGGUGUUACCCCACCUCCUCUUGCACUGUGGGAUGUUGACAAUGACUCAGUUGAGGAUGUGCUAAUAGGAGUCACUCAAAAGAGCAACAAUACCCAUCUCUCCCGUUCUGUGGGGAACAACAAAGAGUACAGUGUGGUGGCCCUAUCUGCAUUCAGUGGUGAGGUGCUUUGGAGGAGGGUCCUCAGGGAACCUGUGGAGUCCAUCCAGUGUGGGCAGCAGUACGAAGCCCACCCAUCACCACUGCCAGCAGGGGGCGCUGCCCUCAGAGCCCUCCCCAACAGCGCCGUUCCCCUGUCUGGCCAGAGAGACAGAGCUAGUGGCCCCGUUUGUCUGCUCAUCGAGUCUGCACACCUCACUGCUGUCAACGGCACCACAGGGAAGAAGCUGUGGUCGGUAGCACCAGGGGAGAUCCAGUCCCAGGCAGUUUCCCUGACAGAUCUCCAAGGUGACUCUGUUCCUGACUUGCUGAUUGCCACUUUACCUGCUGACCAGGUGUCUGACCUCUCACUGCUCCUGCUGUCUGGGCUGACUGGAGCUCCGCUUGGACAUCCCGUGACCUUUAACCUCACAACUUUUGAUGUCUCUGGAAAGCUGAUUGGUCCCCUGUUUCAUGAGACACAGCUGGGGGCAUAUUACAUUCUAUUUGGACUAGGCACUGUAGAGGCUGUAUCCCUGGGAGAUAUUUACACUCGGGCUACUGGAAAAACACCCAUAUCCCCUGGUCUGAGACUGAAGGACCCCGGCUGGGAGAAGCUUAGGAAAACCAACUCCUCCCUCAUACACAUCUCCAGUGGAACUGAGCAAGUGGAGUUCUUGGUCCCCCUAGUGGCUGGCUUGUGUAACAACCACAACAGCCUGGACUCCAUCUCCAACCUCAACUCCAGCCGCAGUGACUGGGUGCUGGUGUGUGGCAAGCUCUCCAGCAAGCUCUCUGUGCUGAGAGAGAAGGACGCACACACCGAGUGGACUCUUACCUCCUCAGCCAUACACAGUCGUCCAGCACCAGGCCAAUUCAACGAUGAUGGAAUCCCAGAUCUCCUCAUACAGAAGUCUGGGGCCCCUAGAAUGAGAAAAGUUCAGGUGGUUGAUGGAGCCAGUGGGCGUAGUCUGUGGGAGACAGAGUUUAUUUGUCCACGCCUUGACCUGGAAGGUACUUCAAUCAUGACAUCUGGUCAAUCAGCUUUCCUUUUCUGGGCCGGUGACCCUGUCAGACCACCAAAGAACCUCACCACGACAACUGUGGCACCAAGGGCGGUUCAAGCCAUGCCAGUCAUCCGAAAGCUCUUCAUGUUACAUCCCGCAUAUCCCACAAUCCUUCUGGAGCUCGCCAGCACCACAGACACUAUUCUUACUGCUGCAGUGAGUUACCAGGAGCCGCAGAAGGAUGCCUCCUACAUUACUGUGUCCUCCCGGCCUACCUCUGGCCUGGGGCCUGGGUCGCGGGUGGUGAAGAGCAUGAGCCUCAGGGCAGCAAUCACUGCUGGACAGAUUGUGAGGCUGGGAGAGAGCAGCACCGCAGGGGUACCAGUCAGACCUGGAGUAUUUGAGAUAAACAAGUUCUUCAGGCGUCUCACCUUCAAAAACCAUUAGGUAAAAAAGGGAGGGAACAUAGCUAAGUAUGUCCAGAAUAUGCUUUAUAUGACAUGAUGUUUGUGGUGUCUGUGUAGUUUCACUUGCUGGUUCUACAUGAUCAGAGGGAAACCACUGGCGGGACCAAACCUGUGGAAAUACCAUGAUACACACCGAGUGAAGGAGAUUUAUCUCAAGCUGUUUACAUUUCCACUUUUGUCCAAAGUACGAUUUUAAUUUCUAUUAUUACUCAUCUCACUUGCUGAAAAAUAUUUAUUUAGCUGUAUUUGUAUUAUAUGUGUAUAUAUUAUGAGUUGACUUAUUUAUUUAUGACUAGUCCUUUUUAUUGAAUAUUGAAUUUAAUAUAUCAAUGACUAUUUACCUUG